UCGGGUCGUUCGCGGUAUAUAAGAUUUCGGCGGUACAAAGAUCGGCAUGCAUUCGCUUUUGUACAUUGUUUGAAGAAUCACCGAUCGUUUCUCACCGACCCGCAAUGUUCUCCAAAAUCGUAAUACUCGCCUGCGUUUUGGCAAUGACCAACGCCGGGUAUUUGGGAACGGCUGCCACUGGAGAAUAUACUUUAACCACCGCAGCUUUGACAUCGACAUCGGACAACAUCCUUCGUAGCACAGGAAAUCUAGCGCAGAUCGCGACCCAGUCGAAAACGAUUUCUACACCGUUCUCUAGUAGCAGCAAAUCCGAUAUUCGCGUGACGAACCCGGCCAUCUAUGCGCACGCUGCACCAGUAGUAUACGCUGCGACACACACAGCACCCCUGGCUACACCUUUGGCCACGUCCUCGAUAGCUAGUGCUCAUCCGGGCUCGCUCCUCGGUGUAGCCUACUCACCGGCAGUUGCUGUUUCGCAUAUGGUUUACAGCAGUCCCAUCGGCAUCUCCUACUCCUGGUAAUCGGACUCGGUAUUCUUGUUAUAAUUUCACGGGUUCAUUAAGAAACGCCGUUACUGUUUCUAA